AUGGCAAGAAAAUCCAAAUCAAAAGAAGUUGAAGAAGUUGAGGAGGAAGAAGUGGUUGAAGAAUCAUCGGAAGCAACCGCAGAAGUAGGAGAUGCUUUUAUUCCAAUCCAAGAAUUAGAAAACCAUGGCAUAUCAGCAACCGAUGUAAAGAAACUUGUUGCUGGUGGUUUCCAUACUGUACAAUCUCUAAUCAUGACUCCAAAGAAGACCAUCAUUAACGUUAAAGGUAUCAGUGAACAAAAGUGCGACAAGAUUCUUGAAGCAGCACAAAAACUCUUCCCUUCUGGUUUCUCAACGGCAGCGGCCUAUCAAGAAGUGAGAAAGAAAGUUACCAAAGUUUCAACGGGAUCCAAAGAAUUGGAUAAAUUACUAGGUGGUGGUAUCGAAUCUAAUUCGCUAACAGAAAUAUUCGGAGAGUUUAGAACUGGAAAAACACAACUUUGUCAUACACUCGCUGUAACCUGUCAAUUACCUCUCGAGAAUGGUGGUGGUGAAGGAAAGGCAUUAUAUAUUGAUACGGAAGGUACCUUCCGUCCUGAACGUUUGGAACCAAUUGCAGAAAGAUUUGGCUUGAAGUAUUCCGAAGUAUUAGAUAACGUAACAUUCGCUAGGGCCUAUUCAAGUGAUCACCAAGAAAAAUUAUUGCAAGAAGCAGGAAAAUUAUUGGCUGAAAGCCAUUAUGCAGUCAUCAUUGUUGAUAGUUGUACUGGAUUGUAUCGUUCAGAAUUUUCUGGACGAGGUGAAUUGAACGCAAGACAAAUUCGACUUUCAGCAUUCUUGAAAAAUUUAUUGAAACUUGCCGAUGAGUUCCAUGUUGCAGUUGUGGUGACAAAUCAAGUCGUUGCACAAGUGGACGGUGGUGCUGCCUUUGCUGGUGCUGCCAACGCAUUGAAACCCAUUGGAGGUCACAUUAUGGCUCACAUGGCCACCACUCGUCUUUUCCUGAGAAAAGGAAAAGGUGAGGAAAGAAUUUGUAAGAUUUAUGACUCGCCCUCACUGCCAGAAGCUGAAUUGGAAAGAGUUGGAGUUUCAGAAGAUGAUUAUGAAGCCAAUGAUCCUCGAAGUGAUCGAUAUGUGCCAAGCACUAAAAACGUGUGGACCUUUUCAACUGCCUUACAUAUGGCCCUUAUGAACAAGAAUGAACGACUUGUCAAGCUAUUGCUUGCACAUGGAGCUGACACGAGAAUUCCAUAUAGAGAGGAUGAACAGAACACGACAUGUUUGGAAUUGACAAAACAACAAGAACCUUUUCUUUCAUUGAUCAAGAAUGGUUUCGAAUGGACUCCAGAAAAUCAUGAAUUGUUACCAUCGAAUUGA